GCUUUAGCCUCCUUAGCUUGCAGGAGGAACAUGGCCGACCGGCUCACACAGCUGCAGGACGCGGUGAACUCGCUUGCAGAUCAGUUUUGUAAUGCCAUUGGAGUGUUGCAGCAGUGUGGUCCUCCUGCUUCUUUUAGUAAUAUUCAGACAGCAAUUAACAAAGAUCAGCCCGCUAAUCCUACAGAAGAAUAUGCCCAGCUUUUUGCAGCACUGAUUGCACGAACAGCAAAAGACAUUGAUGUUUUGAUAGAUUCAUUACCCAGUGAAGAAUCUACAGCUGCCUUACAGGCUGCUAGCUUGUAUAAGCUGGAAGAAGAAAACCACGAAGCUGCUACAUGUCUGGAGGAUGUUGUUUAUCGAGGGGACAUGCUUCUGGAAAAGAUACAAAGUGCACUUGCUGAUAUUGCGCAGUCACAACUGAAGACAAGGAGUGGUACCCAUAGCCAGUCUCUUCCAGACUCAUAGUACCGGUAUAUACCAUGUGGCUGAGAAAACUAUUUCAGUGCCAUUAAGAAUUCUACAUCAAAUUUAGUUGUAAGCCUUACCAACAGUUACAGAAACAUUAAGCACUAUGACACAUGUUACCUUUUUAGCUAUUUUUUAAUAGUCUUCUAUUUUCACUCUUGAUAAGUAAGCCUCUAAAAUUGCGAUUGAACCAGCUUUAAACCGUCAUUAUACCAUCAUUUUUUAUUAUCGAAAUGAAAUUAUUGAGGCAGAUGUUGCAUUAAUGGUUAUAAUAUAAUUAAACAGAUGUACUUUAAAAUUC